AAAAACAAGAGAGAGAGAGAGAGAGAGAGAGAGAGGGGGGAGCUGGUGGUGGUGUUGGUGGAUUGGUGUCUUUUUCGCAGAUUCCUCUCUCGGUUGAAUGCAGCAGAGGAGAGAGAUUGGAGAGCCAUAGCUUUCUCUUUCUCUCUCUCUUCUCUUGAUCAAGAAAUUUAGGGAGAGAGACAAAAUUAGGGUUUCGUUUCAGAAACCAUAAUGAAUGUCAUGCGUCGCCUCAAGAGCAUCGCUUCCGGCCGCUCCUCUGUUUCCGAUCCUGUUGGGGAUUCUAGCAUAAAGAGGGUGAAGGUUGACCAAGAAGUAGAUCGGAAGGUUACUGUUGAAUCACAAUCCUUCGAGAGAUGUGCGGUUGAAGUAGAGCAAAAUAAGGCUUCCACAUCUAGGGAAACUGCUGCAAGCUCGUCCCAUGCAUCUUCUAUUGGUAGAGCUGAAAAAUCUGGUUAUGAUGAACUUCCCAAAGAGAUGCAUGAAAUGAAAAUCAGAGACGAGAACCAUGAUGAUAAAGAUAUGGAAGGCACUUUUGUCAAUGGAAAUGGACCAGAAACAGGUCAGAUAAUUUCCACUACAGUGAGUGGUCGAAAUGGACAACCGAAACAGACAAUCUCAUACAUGGCAGAGCGUGUGGUUGGCACUGGUUCAUUUGGUGUUGUCUUUCAGGCCAAGUGCCUGGAAACUGGUGAAGCUGUUGCGAUAAAGAAGGUGUUGCAGGAUAAGAGAUACAAGAAUAGAGAGCUCCAGAUUAUGCGCUUGCUGGACCAUCCUAAUGUUGUUCAAAUAAAGCACUGUUUCUUUUCAACUACCGAAAAAGAUGAGGUGUACCUUAAUCUUGUUUUAGAGUAUGUAUCUGAAACCGUCUACCGGGUCUCAAGGCAUUAUAGCAGGUUGAGCCAACAUGUGCCCAUCAUUUAUGUACAACUCUAUACAUACCAGAUUUGCCGUGCUCUUAAUUACAUACACAAUGUUAUCGGUGUAUGUCAUCGUGAUAUUAAGCCACAAAAUCUAUUGGUUAAUCCCCAUACUCAUCAGCUGAAGUUGUGUGAUUUUGGGAGUGCAAAGAUGUUGGUGCCUGGUGAGCCCAACAUAUCAUAUAUUUGUUCACGGUAUUAUAGGGCUCCGGAACUGAUAUUUGGGGCUACGGAAUACACAACUGCAAUUGAUAUGUGGUCUGUUGGUUGUGUUAUGGCUGAGCUACUUCUUGGUCAGCCUCUGUUUCCAGGGGAAAGUGGGGUUGAUCAGCUGGUGGAAAUCAUCAAGAUACUGGGGACACCAACCAGAGAGGAAAUUAAGUGCAUGAAUCCGAACUAUACUGAAUUCAAGUUUCCACAGAUCAAAGCUCACCCAUGGCACAAGGUUCAUUUGAAAAUCUUCGAGGAUCAUGUAUUUCACAAGCGAAUGCCACCUGAGGCAGUUGAUCUUGUAUCAAGGAUGCUCCAGUAUUCACCAAAUCUACGUUGCACUGCGUUGGAGGCAUGUGCUCACCAUUUCUUCGAUGAUUUGAGGGAACCAAAUGCAUGCUUGCCAAACGGUCAACCGCUUCCUCCUGUUAUGAAUUUCACACCUCAAGAGCUGGCCGGUGCAUCACCUGAAUUGUGUCAACGUCUUAUCCCUGAGCAUGUCAAGAAAUAAAUUUGUGAAGUUGCAGAGGUCACAUCUUGUAGGCAAUGUUUAUCAGUUUUUGGAUAUGUGCUUAGUUACCCCGAAUGAGGCAUCACCUACUUUGCCAAGUAAUGGAUGAAGCAACCAUUAUUUGGCAUUUAUCAAUGAAAUGAGUGCCGUGAGGGUUGUGGGUUUUGCUUGUUUGGCAGUCUUUGAUGAGGAAAUAUAUUGCGGAAUCAUGGCAGUGCAUACAGUGGGAUGGAGCUGCUUGGCUAUGAGGUGUUCCGCGAUCAUUUUUUCCUCCUUUUUUGACGUUGUAGUUAUGUCCAGUUUUGUGAUUGUCGGUGGGUGCAAUGGAUACUAACAAAAUCAGGGCGGUAAGAGAGGGAUUAGGAUGUGCUUCAGUGUAUACUCACUCACUCUGCUGUUCUCUUUUUGGUUUUAUCAAAAGAAAUUUUAGUUCCCAUUGA